AUGAUGGAUUACGGCAGUUUCUCACGAGCAUUCUUGACGAUGUUCGAGAUUUCUCUUGCGAAUUGGCCGGAGUCUUGCAGAGUGCUAGUCGAAGAUGUCCACGAAUUGUUCAUAAUUUACGCGCUAUUGCACAAAAUGAUCCUUGGAUUCGCGGCGGUAGGGGUGGUCAACGCCGUCUUUACCCAAGAGACAUUCAAGGUGGCUACGUUGGAUGAUGGCGUCAUGGUGGCCCAAACGAGGCGAAGACAGAGGGCCCACAGGCAAAAGAUGGAGACUCUGUUUAAAGAGGCAGACUUGAACGCAGAUGGCUUCAUCACUAUCGACGAAUGGGAGGAGAUCUGCAAGGAUGACUGGGUUCAGGCCUGGCUUGGUGCUCAAGGGAUAGAGUCUCACGACACCAAGGGCCUGUUCGAUCUGUUGGCCAGUGAUGAUGGGACAAUGACAGCGGAGGAACUUGUCAGAGGAACAGAAAAACUUCAGGGAGCUGCCGCCAUGAUGGGCGUCAUUCAGCGGAUUAUUGAUAUCAAGCGGGAGCUGAAACAUGUGACGGGGAAAAUAGAGAUAAGCAGCGCUAAAUUGUAG